AUGUCACACAAGGUUCGUGACGUUCGGCUUCACGGCCAUCAGACACGAGAAGGACCGCGCCUUGGCGUCCACGCCGGUGGUCUUCCUGCACUCGGUACAUGCGCACAGAGGGUGGACAUGGGCACAGAGGGUGGACAUGCGCACAGAGGGUGGACAUGCGCACAGAGGGUGGACAUGGGCACACAGAAGGCCAUCAGACACGAGAAGGCCAUCAGACACGAGAAGGCCAUCAGACACGAGAAGGCCAUCAGACACGAGAAGGCCAUCAGACACGAGAAGGCCAUCAGACACGAGAAGGCCAUCAGACACGAGAAGGCCAUCAGACACGAGAAGGCCAUCAGACACGAGAAGGCCAUCAGACACGAGAAGGCCAUCAGACACGAGAAGGCCAUCAGACACGAGAAGGCCAUCAGACACGAGAAGGCCAUCAGACACGAGAAGGCCAUCAGACACGAGAAGGCCAUCAGACACGAGAAGGCCAUCAGACACGAGAAGGCCAUCAGACACGAGAAGGCCAUCAGACACGAGAAGGCCAUCAGACACGAGAAGGCCAUCAGACACGAGAAGGCCAUCAGACACGAGAAGGCCAUCAGACACGAGAAGGCCAUCAGACACGAGAAGGCCAUCAGACACGAGAAGGCCAUCAGACACGAGAAGGCCAUCAGACACGAGAAGGCCAUCAGACACGAGAAGGCCAUCAGACACGAGAAGGCCAUCAGACACGAGAAGGCCAUCAGACACGAGAAGGCCAUCAGACACGAGAAGGCCAUCAGACACGAGAAGGCCAUCAGACACGAGAAGGCCAUCAGACACGAGAAGGCCAUCAGACACGAGAAGGCCAUCAGACACGAGAAGGCCAUCAGACACGAGAAGGCCAUCAGACACGAGAAGGCCAUCAGACACGAGAAGGCCAUCAGACACGAGAAGGCCAUCAGACACGAGAAGGCCAUCAGACACGAGAAGGCCAUCAGACACGAGAAGGCCAUCAGACACGAGAAGGUAAUCACCCUAGACCCGCCAGCGGUCUUUCUGCAAAGGGUGCAGUCGGUGCAAGCAGGCCGCAGCACAAGCAGAGUCACGGUCAGUGCUGCAGUCGACACAGCAGAGCCAUAG